GUUCUUGAAUUUAAAUAUUUUGUUGUUUUGUUCUUUCUAGGUAGUAUCACUGACAAUGUGGCUGCCUACGUUUUAUGUAGUUUUACUUUUUAACAUUUUUAAAACUGUGCUCUGCCAAUUCACUGUAGCAAAUGGGAUAUACUCGUUCGGAUAUUUUAAUGGCACGUCUAAAGCAAAACUCUCGAAUGUGUUGGAUGUUUUAAGACCGCAAACUGGAUUUUCUUUUAGAACUUGUAUGGAUCAUGGGACCUUAUUUUAUCAGAGAAACAUAAUUGGAGACAGCAUAACUUUAAAGCUUGAUAAUGGUGACGUUAUAUUCUCCCUUCAAUCUGUUGUUGACAACAUAAAUACCUCUGUAAGUUAUGAAGGUAACUUUAACAACAAUGAAUGGAUUCAUGUUAUGUUUCAACACAACUCUACUACUGACCAGGGUUCCAACUUAUACUUAUCUAUUGGUAACCAUACUAACUUGCUGUACAACUCCAUUACGGAUCCAACUAUAUUUAACAUGGAAUUUUCUGAAAGUAGUGUCACUUUUAUUGGUGGCAAUGAAGAUCCAAAUGAAAAUUUCAAUGGCUGUUUAUCCUCUGGGCCAUACUUUAAUUUUCAAGCUUAUAAUGGAACUAAUGUUCAAUGGAAUAAUUGCCCAUUGCUCAAUACAAACAUAUGUGGUCCAAGAUGCAAUGAUUCUGUUUGUAACAAUGGUUCUUGCAUUGCAACAAAUACUGAAAUAUCUUGCCAAUGCCCAAACAAUACAUAUGGACCAUUAUGUCAGUACACUGGUAUAACCCAUGCUUAAAUACAACAUGUGGUAAUGGUACUUGUACAAGCUUAAAUUCAAGUCAUUAUAUCUGUAUGUGUGACAAAGGUUUCAGGGGAGAAAAUUGUGAGAACAUGGUUCGUGAUUGUGAAUCAAAUCCGUGCUAUAAUCACGGAAUAUGUCAUGAUCUCAUUAAUUCAUAUGAGUGCGACUGCGACAAUACUGGUUAUACUGGCGCGCAGUGUAAUAUGGAUAUAAAUGAAUGUAAUUCCUCCCCAUGUUUAAAUGAUGGCACAUGUUUUAACAGAAUUGGUGAUUACAUUUGCCUGUGUACACCUGGUUUUGAAGGUAUCAAUUGUGAUGUUAAUAUUAAUGAAUGUCAAUCAAAUCCAUGCUUAAAUGAGGGAGUGUGUAUAGAUGGAAUCAACGGCUAUUCCUGCCAAUGUGAUCUGGGCUAUUAUGGCACAAGAUGUGAGAAUGAGGUUGACAACUGUAUUGGCAAUCAAUGCAAUCCUAUAACCGAAGUUUGUAUUAGUGAACCUACAAGACACUACUGUGUGUGCAAGAAGGGUUAUGGAGGUGCAAACUGUACAGAUGUAAAUGAAUGCUUAAGUGACCCAUGCUUGAACAAUGCUACUUGUGUGAACGGAAUAGACAAGUUUACAUGCAUAUGCAUGCCUGGUUAUGCAGGAUAUUUAUGCCAACAAGACAUCAAUGAGUGUGAAAAUGAGCCAUGUCAGAAUUCUGCAAUUUGCAUGAAUGAGAUAAAUGAUUAUAACUGCAUAUGUGAACUGGGGUGGACUGGUAAAAAUUGCUCAGAGGUUUUUGCACCGUGUGAUUCUAGCCCGUGUCACAAUGGUACUUGUGACAUCAUGUCACAUGACAAUCCCCCUGGUUACGCUUGUACAUGCAUGAGCGGUUUCAGUGGAAAUAAUUGUGAAAUAAAUAUUGACGACUGUGCAAAUGUAACUUGUUCUUACAACGAGAUAUGUAUGGAUAAAGUCAAUGAACAUCAAUGCAUCUGUAAUCCAGGAUACACAAUGGACAACAUUGACAACUGUACAAUAGAAAUCAAUGAAUGCAGCUCUAAUCCAUGUGAAAAUAAUGCAUCAUGUAUUGACUUGAUUAAUAACUAUGAAUGCAAUUGCACAUAUGGGUAUGGAGGAAGAAAUUGUGAAAUGGUGAUCAACUUCUGCGAAUCUAUGCCUUGUUUUAAUGGUGGGCACUGUCAAAGUGAUGUUGGCUCCUAUAGAUGUUUCUGUGUACCUGGUUUUGUAGGCUUACACUGUGAGCAUACAUUUAAUGCAUGUAAUUCAAAUCCAUGUGUAAAUGAUGCUAUGUGUUCUUCUCAACUGGGGUUGUAUCAUUGUGAGUGUCAACCUGGAUACCAAGGUGUCAACUGCCACUUGGAUAUUAAUGAAUGCGACUCUAACCCUUGCCGAAACGACGGCAACUGUACGAACUUAGUGGCGAAUUUCUCUUGCUCAUGUACCACCGGGUGGAGUGGUGAGCAAUGUGAAAUAAACGUGAACGAAUGUGAAAGUAACCCGUGUCAAAACGGAGCGGAAUGUAUUGACCAGGUUGCGAGUUAUACAUGCGAAUGUUUAGAUGGAUAUACAGGGGCACACUGUCAAACCAACAUCAAUGAGUGUGAGGAUAAGCCUUGUUUACACAAUGGUUCAUGCAUAGAUGGCAUAGCAAAGUUUACAUGCAUAUGUAAUAACACUGGGUACAUGGGUCCCAUUUGUGAGGAUGAAAUAAAUGAAUGUAAUGAAUUACAACCUUGUUCUAAUGGUGGAUUAUGUACAGACCUUGUCAAUGCUUACAACUGUACAUGUCUGCCUGGGUAUAUUGGGACCCAUUGCGAGCAUACAAUAGCGGAACAGAUUGAUAUUGAUGAAUGCCUUUCCACACCUUGUGUUAAUGGGGGAACAUGCCAUCAGAGAUCGAAUACCAAUAUAUAUGGCUCAAUAAUAAAGGGGAACUUUUCUUAUGACAAUUCUGAGGGUUUUGUUUGCAUAUGCUCAAAUGGUUAUAAAGGCGUGAACUGUGAAACAGAAAUUGACGAAUGUUUAACUAUACAACCAUGCUCAAAUAAUUCAACAUGUGUGGAUCAUAUAGCUGACUAUAUUUGUCACUGUGGUCCUGGAUUUGGGGGUCGUAAUUGUUCAGUGCCGCUCCGUGGGUGUGACAAUAGUCACGAAUGUAGCAACGGCGCUAAAUGUGUGGCGUUUCUUGAAAACGAAAAUUUAGAUCUGCACAAUUACACUUGUGAGUGCACCCCUGGUUUUUCUGGCUCAUUCUGUCGGCAAUCUACUACGUUAUCCAUGAAUGGUGUCUCCAUGUUGGUGUUUAACGUCAACCAAAACACAAGAAAUAUUUCGUUCACAUUUCGGACUACUAUACCCGAUGCUAUACUAACUACUGUGGAAACAAUGACCAAUGAUAUUUUUAAAGUAUAUCUCUCUGGUGGUGCAAUACAUUUACAUAUCAACAAUCAAACCAUAUAUUCAAUACAACCUGUACUAAACAACGGGUAUUGGAACGAGGUUUUCAUUUCGUUCACUGACAGUCUUGUAAUGGUUAGCCUCAACCAAUCAGAAUGCACUGCUGUGUCAUGUGACCUGCUUUUUAACCAAUCAGCGACUUUUAAAGACGUAAGAAGCAUAACGUUUGGUUCUGACAUUACCCUACCCCCAUAUUACGGUUGUAUGCGGGAUAUUAAACACAACAACAAAAUACUCGAUGCUCAAAGCAGGGUUGUAGCUUCUAACUUGGAAGGGGGGUGUAACCGUCAAGAGGUGUGUCAACCUGACAGUUGUCACGACCACGGAAUUUGUGUGGAUUUAUGGAGCAAAUUUCGAUGUGAAUGCUUAAGGCCUUACAUUGGAAAUACAUGUGACUUAGAAAUAAGACCUGCUACAUUUGGAUAUCUCAAUAAAAAAAGUUUUGCACUGUUUAAGCUAUUAGAGCCUCCAAAACAAGUUUUUAAUAUUUCUAUGUUUAUUAAAACUUUGCAACCAGAUGGAAAUAUUGUGUUAACGUCAAAUUUAACUGACUCAACCAGUGUGAUUAUAAGUUUACUUAACGGAAAAUUACAAGUUACAAUAGCAGAAGAAACACACAGUACAAAUACAUUACUUACGGAUGGUAUAUACCAUUUUAUAAUGGUGGAAAUUGUAAAUGACAAAUUGAAUAUACUCAUCGACCAAAAUCGAUUGACCGAAGUAACUUUAUCUUCCAAUAUAAAUGUUACAACAUCAAGUCUCUAUAUUGCUGGUUUACCCACUAAUACAGGAUCUCGUAAACGUAGAGAGACAUCUAGUGUUGGUUUCAAAGGAGCAAUUCAAGACGUUCAAUUUAACGGAGUCCGAUUAUUAUUUCAUCAUAAUGACACUGGAAACAUCACAAUUUCAAACGAGCCAAUCCGGUUUCUUCCCUCCCAAAUUUCCAACGUUCUGAUUGGACAAGUGUCUGACCCAGUUUGUGGCUCAGCCAAUCACAGCUUGUAUAGCAACCCAUGUCAUAAUGGGGGUGAUUGUGAUGUUAUUUUCAACGAUUAUAUGUGUAAUUGUACUGACACUUGGAAGGGAAGAAAUUGUGAUGUCCCGGUUUUUUGCAAACAAAUAACAUGUCCUGGUCCAUUACAAUGCAUUGACUUGAAACAUGGGGGUUUUGAAUGCAUUGGCGCUGCUACAUUUGAUCAUACUACUAUAGCUAUGUACACUACAGAUCCAAAUACUGUAGUAACUGAUACACUGUCGUUUAAUAUAAGAACUAGAUCGGUAAAUGCUUCAAUAAUUCAGUUCCGGUCGAAAUCUGGAACAAUCCAGUUAAAUCUGGAUAUAACCGGUCGAAUCCAGUUUUUAUUCUACAGUUUAUCAACUAAUGGUUCUGUGGCAAGUGCCGUGUCAAUUUCAGAUGCCAAUUGGCACAAUGUGACAGUUAUAACUCCUAGAAACAGUUCUCUUUCUCUAUUGGUGGAUGGCAAUCAUUAUUACACCAACGUGUCUCUACCUGAAGCUCUGAUUGGCCAGAUUUCCAAUUCAACUGACAACUUGGCUGUGAUUGGUGCAAUUGAUCAAGGGUUAUUUAAAGGCUGUCUUUCUGAUGUCAGAAUUGGGGGCGUGGCGCUUCCAUUUUACGACCAAUCACAGCUCACGAAUCAUUCAAGUGCGACUGGCUCCACCCACACUAUUAUGACAUCAAGUCUGGAUAUUUCAUCACUAGGUUGCCAUGGCGACAAUAUGUGUGGUUUGAAUCCUUGUGAAAAUAACGGGACGUGUCUGGACUUGUUCAACAAGUUUGAAUGUCGUUGUAAAUUAGGUUUUGUUGACGAAAUUUGUUCAACAAAUGUUGACAACUGUGUUGGCGUUGAAUGUAACAACGGGUCUUGCGUUGAUUUAGUUGAUGACUUUGUUUGCAACUGUACAGAUGGAUACCAAGGAUAUAGAUGUGAAAGAGAUAUAGACGAAUGCAUAAACAAUCCAUGUUUUAAUAACGGGACUUGCCGUAACCUGAUUGGCUCAUUUGAGUGUCAAUGUAUGGGUCAGACCAUGGGGGCAUUGUGUGAAAUAAACGUCUCACAAUCGUGUAACAAUGGAAGCGACGAACCGUGUCAGAAUGGGGGGGCGUGUGUAAAUGUUACUACUUCUACGGAGAUCACACAUACCUGUGUCUGCCCACCCCUUUAUACUGGGAAGAACUGCCAGAAUGUGGUGAACCAUUGUAAAAAUAUAACCUGUCUUAAUAAUGGAUCUUGUUUAUCAAAUUUGACUUCAUACACCUGUUCAUGCAUGAAUGGUUUUUACGGCGAAUUCUGCGAGAAUUAUCUUGGCGCUUGUUCGACCGUGACAUGCAUGAAUAAUGCUACUUGUGACAUCACAGAAGAUGGUUUUCAAUGUAAUUGUAAAAAAGGUUACGUAGGAAGAUUAUGUGAAGUGAAUGACCUUUGUCAUAACAAUAAUAAUGUUUAUUGCUCCAAUAAUGGAAACUGCUCAUCCAAGCUUUCACAGGAUCACGAUAUCACGUUUUCAUGUGAUUGCUUACCAACUCACGCAGGUGAUCGGUGCAACCAUAAUAACCCAUGUUACAACCACACAUGCCACAAUGGUGGCUCUUGCUCUCUCGUGUGGGCAAACCCCACUCCAACAACUGGCCACCAGGAGGCAGUAGCACCAACAGCAACGUGUGUAUGCAGUUCUGGGUACACUGGUAAUUUAUGCGAAAAUAACGCACCUCAGACCCAGAGUUUAUGGGUCAUACUGGGUCCUAUUAUCGGCGCCGCCGGGCUUGUCUUUUUUCUCGGCCUCCUAAUAGCGCUUUUGUGCUAUGCACGCGGCGCUCGUGCGAGCCGUGGUGUCUACAGUCCACAAGCCACCGAGAGUGCCGCUGCCACGACACAUGCCACGCCAUUGCCAUUAAAAGUGCCGCCUGAGAGGCUUAUAUAGGGCCACAAGUGAAGCGUAUCGCAGCGUCAUAAUUCUUGCUUCUUGCGUCGGAGGAGCCACCGUCCUCUUGCUCCUCCUUGUGGCGAUAAUGUCGCUGGUUUCGAUCGUUUUAGAGCGACGAGCCACGUCGGGAACUUAUUCUCCAAGUAAAAGGGAACAGAACUCAGCGACCCCACAACAGCCCGGAAUUGAGAUGCUUACUGA